CACUUUCUCUUCUUCUUCUCUUGGAAAUGGCGGAAUGAUAACGAACGUUACUGGCAAGUUAGUAUGUGAUGAUACAGUGUUUAAAAAUAUAAAUUUAAAUAACAUUUACUACGAAUAAAAAUAUUAUAGACAUUUAACUGAAUGGAAAUGAGAGAAUACAGUCUCAAACAAAUUCUGUAUAUGUAAGAAAUUGAAAUGUAUAACACCAGAGGACAGAUAUAAAAUAUCGAAAUGAAUGGGGUAAAAUUUUCCAGAUAAAUUUGUGAAUCCAAAAGUUUAGUUUCUUUGUGUAUUAUAUCAUUAUCUCUAUAUAUGCACAUAUUUGUUGCAUAAAAGAGUUAAACAUUAACUAUAAAAAUGCCAACAAUACCGAAAAUUCGAAAAGCUAAAAGGGUCAGUGUGCUUACUAAAAGAGGGCAAUGUCUGGGGAAACAUUACAAGGAACGAUCAUAUAGACCAUUAUAUGAGAAAUUAAAGAGCAACAAUAACUUCCUGGCCAAGGCACUUUCAAAGGAGAAACAAAACAAUCAGUCAUUAUUUACACAGAAUGUGCAGCUAAUUGCAGAGAUUCAACAGUUGAACGUAAUAUGUAACACACGAAAUACAGUACUUGCCAAUGUACAGAAUAAUGCAAAAGAAAUAUUGAAAAUGUUACUCACCAUGACUGGUUAUAUAACAAGUACUAUUUCUAUGUGUCAAGAGCUCGCUGUUUCCAAUACCACUGUGAGACUGUCGUCUGCUCCAGAUGGAAGAAAAGAACCUUCCAAAAGAUUAUCGACAAAAUCUCCGGCUAAAGGUGUAGUAAAACCAAUGGUAGGUGGGCACACUAUUACUAAGCCCACAAUUAAUUUGAGUCGAGUAAAAAUGGAAACUAUAUCAAGAUUAAGUGAUAUACAAGAAUCAAUUACUCCUGAUAGAAGUCAAGAGAUAAAUGAGAAUAGAUCAUCAAUUACUGUUUCUUUACCAUCUACACCACUUAGAUAUGAAAAUAAUCGAACUACGUGUAGACUGCCAGAAAGAGUAACAAUUCCUUCACCUAGAGUUAAUGAUGCACUUACAUUGGCUAAUGAACGAAGAAGAAGAAGAAAUUAUCCCAAGCGAAUAUCAGAAUCUUAUUCGCGAUCGCGAAGUAGAUGGUCUGAUGAAACUCCAACAACCAGCACAAGACAUAUUAAUGUAGCUAGUCCUACAAUACAACUUAAAGAUAUAUCCAAUUUAUUGCGUGAUUCUCAAACUGUUAACAUUAGAAGAAUAAUUGAUAACAGAAUUGAUGACAUUGAAAAUCAGGAGAACAAUGACAAUGUGUCUAAUGAUCUAUCAGAAAGAAAUCUUGUAAUAUCAGAUAUGUCGAUUAAUCCAAGCGAAGAAAAUGAAACGCAAGCGGAAAUACCAAAAAAGGAUCUCAAAGUAAAAAUAAAUAGCAAAAUCUCUGAUAAAGAUCUUAAAAUUUCAAAUGUAAUAGAAAAUUCAAGAUUAUCGCAAAAUAAUACUAGGAAUUGGGAAGAAGAGGAUCCGUUGGAAGGUCCGAGUUGGUUAUUUAGUAAUACCAUACCAUCGCGGGAUAGCGAACCAGAAGAGCUUUCCGAUGUCAAUAAUAACACAUCUCAAUUAAUAGUAUAUGAUGAUGAGUCGAGCAGUGCAGAAAGUAAUACAGAGGAGUUACUGCUACAAAACUCAAAUGAAUCUCUGAGAGAUAUUCAAACUUUAGAUGGAGACGCAACAUCUAUUGACCAUAUUAGCUAUCAAUCUCAUAAUGAAGAUGAUGAUAGUUCCUAUGAGCUUCCAGCAGGAAAUGUAUUUAAUCGUAAAGAAAAUUUUAAUAACAUAGAAGAUAAUAGUGCUGAAGAUGAUACAACAAAUUUUAGAAGUUUUGUGACAAAAAGGAGACAGCAUCCCGAAAUGACAGAAGACUUUACACUAAUGUUGUCGCGUCAAUCAAUGCAAAAUAUGCAAUUCGAUAUCAAUGAGCUGAGAUUGCCUAAUUUAGAAGAAUCUACGAUGAAUUCUAUUGAUAAUGAAAUCGACACCGAAGUCACUGCUGCAAGCCCAAGCGUUGCGAAUAUGUCGACAUCGUUGUCUAUGUCAAAUCAGAUCCCGAACGGAUCGGAUCACGAGCAGACUGCCAUAAUAAAACUGCCAUUAAGUGCAAUGAAGAAUCAUGAAAGAGAAUUGACGUUACAACAAAAAAAGGAUUUAAGUAAAAAGAAUAAAAUAGCGAAAAUGUUGAAUUUGGAUAACGAAACCAAUGUUGAAAAUGAUUCGAUAACUAAGACGAAGAAAAAAAAUAAAUCGCAGAAUAAACGAGAUCCAAGUGCAGCUAAAGUUGUUUUGGAGAAGCUCAAUGAAAAUCAUGUUAAAUCGAGGACGCCAUCAGACGAUAUAGAAUCCCGGAACUCUCAUAAUCACGUGAGAGACAUUACGUUUAAUGUGGAUGAAACUCUAGAACAGGACGAAACUCGAAACUCUGAAAAUAACGUGAAUGCUUCCGGCCGUCCUAGACGAAGAAAGGCUCCAGUAAAUUUGAAAGAGCCUAAUUUGCACAAAAAAUUAAGACGAAACUAGUGAGAAGACUGAUGUAUGGAUCAUCAAUGUAAAUGUAUGGUUGAUCAAUGUAAAACAAGAUAAAUUAUUAUUCGCAUUAUCGAUAUGAUCAUCGAUGUGAAACAAGAUAAAUUAUUAUUUGUGUAUACAGAUGAUAUUGUUGAAAGCUGUUUUUUUUCUUAUAUUUGUAACUUUUGAAGUAAUAUUGAAAUAAUCCUGUAUAUAUGAUAUGUACAUCACAAAUUAUUUGAAUCAUAAAAUAGCAAGAAUGAAA